AUGAACUUUUUUCGGCGUCGAAGAGGCAACUCUGUGGACUCUGAUGAGUUAGACAUUUCAGGACCUAAGAAGGGCUCUGAUAGAACCAAAUCCAGAAAGCCCCCAAACACGGCGUUCAGACAACAAAGACUAAAGGCAUGGCAGCCGAUCUACUCGCCAAAGACAAUAUUACCUCUGCUGUUUGUUGUAUUCUUGGUAAUGUGUCCUAUAGGGAUAGCCCUGAUAUUUAGGACCUACAGAGUACAGAAUCUGGUAAUUAAUUACAGCAGAUGCGAUGAAUUAGAGGAUUCAGACGAAUAUGCUGAGAUUCCCAGAAAUAGGGUGAACUUUCAUUUUGACAAGUCUACAUCCUCUUACAGCAACUAUCAGAAUCCUAGAUGGAGAACCAGCACUUCAACAGACUCUUUAGGAAACUCAGUCAGAACUUGCCAUAUUGAAUUUGACAUUCCCAACGACAUUCAUUCUCCAUUGUAUUUUUAUUAUAAACUGACCAAUUUCUUCCAGAAUCACAGAAGAUACGUGGAGUCAUACGACUUGGAACAGCUCAAAGGUGAGGCUGUGCCUUAUGAUGAUAUUGAUUCAGAUUGUAAGCCUUUUGCUCACUCUGGGGAUAAGAUUGUCUACCCAUGUGGAUUGGUAGCCAAUUCUUAUUUCAAUGACACCCUAUCUUCGCCAGUGCUGCUAAAUCCUGCAGGAGGUUCAGAGAAUGUCACCUAUGAGCUGACGACCAAGGAUAUUGCUUGGAAAACUGAUCGUACGACCUAUAAAAAAACUAGCUAUAAUUGGGAUGAAAUCGUACCUCCUCCCAACUGGGAGAAAAUGUACCCGAACGGCUAUACAGAAGACAACAUUUUUGACAUAACAGAGAAUGAAUUCUUUCAGAAUUGGAUGCGUACGGCAGCCUUACCUUCAUUCAUGAAACUCGCAGCUAAAAACACUACAACUGCAAUGGAGUCUGGAACUUAUCAAAUUGAUAUUGGACUAAACUACCCAGUAUCCAUUUUUGGAGGAUCAAAGUCUCUGGUUAUAACGUCCAAUAAUAUUCUUGGAGGACGUCAUUUUGGAUUAGGAGUAUGCUACCUGAUCGUGGCGGGUGCAAGUUUCCUGUUCGGGUUCCUGUUCCUCUUGAAGGUUUUGAUUAAACCUCGUAAAAUUGGAGAUCAUUCAUUGCUAAACUUUGAAGAUGAGCGUGCGAGUCAAGAGCUUUUUACAAGUGAGAGGCGGGAUUAUUUAUAG